GGAUCGCAAAGUCGCCUUCUGAUUUCCUGCGCGCAUUCCACCCUCUGGCUUCCCUCUCCAAUUUGGACUCAAGGGUUUUACUACCCUGCUGGGGUUGCAUCUCUGAGCGCAGGAAAGAACAUGAGUAUUAGCAAGACUGUGGUGGUGCACACCUUUAAUCACAGCACUUGAGAGGUAGAGGAAAUGUUGUCAUUCAGGGAUGUGGCCAUUGAUUUCUCUGCAGAGGAGUGUGAAUUGCUGGACCCUGAUCAGUGGAAUUUGUACAGGGAUGUGAUGUUGGAGAAUUUCAGCAACCUUGUGUUCCUGGGCCUUGCGUCCUCUAAGCCAUACCUGGUCACAUUUCUGGAGCAAAGACAAGAACUUUCAGACAUGAAGAGAUUAGCAGCAGCUGCCAUGGAAACAGGAAACAAACAGUCUACUGGCAAAGAAUGUGACAAAGCCCCUCCUUGGAUCUCACAACCUAUUAGCCACCAGAAAAUUAAUCUAAGAAAGAAGCCAUAUGAGUGUGAAGAAUGUGGCAAGGCCUUUCAUGCUCCAUCAUUACUUUCAAAACACAAAAUUGUUCAUACAGGACAGAAACCCUACAAGUGUGAAGUAUGCGGGAAUGCCUUCUAUUUUCCAUUACGACUUUAUCUACACAUGAGAAUUCAUAGAACAGAAAAACCCUUCAAUUGUGAAGCAUGUGACAAGGCCUUCAAUUAUCCAUCACAACUGUCUCUACACAGUAAGAUUCAUACAGGAGAGAAGCCCUACCAGUGUGAGGUAUGUGGCAAGGCCUUCUGUUUUCCAUCAAAACUUUCUCUACACAGUAAAAUCCAUACAAGAGUGAAACCCUACCAGUGUGAGGUAUGUGGAAAGGCCUUCAGUCGUCAAUCACGGUUUUCCAAUCACAAAAGGAUUCAUGCAGGAGAGAAACCCUAUGGGUGUGAAGUGUGUGGCAAGGGCUUCAGUCGUCAGUCACGACUUUCUGAACACAAAAGGAUUCAUACAGGAGAGAAACCCUACGUGUGUGAAGUGUGUGGCAGUGCCUUCCAUGCUCUAUCAUUACUUUCUAAACACAGAAUGGUUCAUACAGGAGAGAAGCCCUACCAGUGUGAUGUAUGUGACAAAGCCUUCAUAAACCCAUCAUCACUAUCUGUACACAAGAGGGUUCAUACUAGCCAGAGACUCUACCUGUGUGAAGUAUGUGGCAAGGCCUUCCAUGUUCAAUCACAACUUUCUGAACACAGGAGAAUUCAUACAGGUGAGAAUCCCUACAAGUGUGAAGUGUGUGGAAAGGCCUUCAAUCGUUCAUCACGACUUUCUCUACACAAGAAGAUUCAUUCAGGAGAGAAACCUUAUAAAUGUGAACUAUGUGGUAAAGGCUACAAUACUCCAUCAGGAAUCUCUCUGCACAAGAAGACUCAUACCGGACAGAAACCCUGCAAAUGUGAAGUGUGUGCCAAGGCCUUCUAUUUCCCAUCACAACUUUCAGCACACAUGAGAUUUCAUACUGGUGAGAAUCCCUACAAGUGUGAAGUGUGUGGAAAGGCCUUCGAUCGCCCAUCACGACUUUCUCUACACAAGAAGAUUCAUUCAGGAGAAAAACCCUUCAAGUGUAAAGUAUGUGGCAAAUCCUACAGUAGUCGAUCAGGACUUUAUUCGCACAAGAGUAUUCAUUCAGGAGAGAUACCCUUCAAGUGUGAACUAUGUGGCAAAUCCUACAGGAGUCCAUCCGGACUUUAUUCACACAAGAGGACUCAUACAGGAGAGAAACCUUAGAAAUUAGAAGUAUGUGUCAAGAUCCUGUACUGCACCUUUACUUAAAGCACAUGAGAGAAUUUAUACAGGCAAGAAACCACACAAAGUUGUGGCAAGGCUUCUAUGUUCCAUCAUGACUUUCUGUAUACAAGAGCAUUCACACAGGAAAGAAACGCUACAACUGAGAAGUAUGUGGCAAAGCCUUCCAUUUAUCAUCAUUACUUUCAAAAUGCAAGAGCUCUUUUAUAUUUGAGAGAAACCCUAUAAGUGUUAAAUAUGUGGCAAUGUCUUUAAAACUUUAUGGAUUCUUUCUCAUUUUUAAUAAUCCAUUCUGGGAAAAAACCCUACUGUGAAACAUGUGAAAAGGCCUUGUGUAAAAAGUCAUAUUUAACUCAGCACAAAUUAUCUCACACUUGGGAGAAAACCACAAGUGCAAGGAAUGUGGAAAAGACUUUAGAACUUAAACACACGUUCUCAACACCAGGCUUUUCAUUUUAGAGAGGAACAUUAGGAGUGUGGAGAAUGGAAAGGUCCUCCUCGAGCCUUCUGGUCUUAAACAACAUCAAAGAAUUGAUUUGUGAAAGAAACCCUGUGAAGAAUGAGCAUAGAUUUUUUGUAGUUUCUAAGACUUGAAUCACCUGAUCAUUCAUACUGGAGAGAAAUGUCAUUAUUUUCAUCAAUUUUGAAAACACUUUUUAUGAGCUUUCUAGUGUUUCUCAAGACAAAGUAUUUCAAACUUCAGUGAAAUAAUACAAGUGCCAAAAUGUUCAUAAAAUGUUUUCUUAUUUCUUUAAACUCUAUAAGAUAUCAUAACAUAUUCUAGAUAAAAAUCCUUCAAUUAGGUGGGAUAUCCUAAUGCUAAGUGGAAAAUCCGGGAAACAGAGAUAGAAAGAGAAAGUAGGUAGAGUCAAGGUGAAGCCAUGUGACUGCCAAAAGAGAAUGAUGCCAGAAUAUUGCCAGUUAAUCACAGCCUCGUGGUGAUACACAGAUUAAUAGAAAUGAGCUAAUUUAAGAUGUAAGAGCUAUCUAGGAAUAUGAGCUGUUGGCCAAACAUGCUGUAAUUAGUAUAGUUUCUCUGUGAUUUUUCCUGUCUGUGUUUCCGGGAAGUGAAAGAACAGUCUCUGUUUUCAUACCUAACUCAGGAUGAAAUAACUCACACUGGAGAAAAGCCUUACAAAUAUCUAGAAUGGCAAACCUCUCAACUGUACCUGAAACCUUAAGGAAUAUCAAAGAAUUCAUUCUGGAGAGAAACCCUACACGUGUAAAGAAUGUGGCAAAGACUUUAGAGCUUACACAUGACAUUCUCAACAGCAGACUAUUCAUAUUGGAGAGGAAGAGUAUGACUGGAGAAUGGCAAGGUCAUUCACCAGCUUUCUGGAUUUAAACAACAUCUAACAAUUCUUGUCAGAGAAGCCCCGUGAAUUGUAUGCUGUGGCAUUUUCAUACUUGUAAAGAAAUUCUGAAACACCUGAUAAUUCAUACUGGAGAGAAAUGGCACUAAUGUUGUAAAUUUUAAAAACCCUUUCAUUAUCUUUUAGCACUUCUCAAGACAUGGUAGUUCAAACUUCAGUGAAAUAUUGCAAAUUUCAAAAUAUUCAUGAAUUGUUUAUGCUUCUUCAGACCCUAAAAGAUAUAAAAAAUAUUCUGAAUCAAAACCAUACCAAUAGUGUGAAUGUGAUAAUGCCUUUGGAAUCAUUUAGACCUUACCCAAGAUGAAAGAAUUCAUAGUACAAGGAAGGAAUAUGCUUGUGAAAAAUACAGUGACAUAUGUUACCAUUCAACCAACAUCUGACCUCCUUAGUAUCUAUUCUAGAUGGACACAACACAGCAGUGAAUGGUGAACCAGUGCCUCUAAUGACUCCUCAUACCUUCAACCAGUGAUCCGCAACCUUCCUAAAGUUGACACUCUUUAAUACAAUUGUAUCCCAACCUUAAAAUUGUUUUCUUUUCUACACCUAACUGUUUGAUACUGUUAAGAAUCAGAGUGUAAAUAUCUUUGUUUCUGAUGGUUUUAGGUGACCCUUCUGAGAAGAUGUUUUGACCCCCAAAUGGGUAAUUACCCACAGGUUAAGGACUGCUGUCAUAAACAAAGAAAAGUGUUCAUACUAAGUAACAACCAUAGAAUUUGAGGAAUCGAGAAAAGACUUUUCUUUAUCAUUCACUCUAAUAUUUUCAGCCACAUAAGACUGAUAUUUCCGGGUUCUAGUGGCCCUGCAUGUGCAUAAAAGCCCUCAGGCAGAAGUGCCUAAUGCCUCCCAGUGAUGUUAAAGGGCUCCUGCAUGACCCAUGUGUAGGUGGAUCCACGUAUGUCACAGGUAAGCCUUUGCACACAUGCGUGAGCCCCGUCAUCUGCAUAUGACAGCCACAUCAACCCCCUGUGCACAUGUGCUAGACAGCUUUUAAAAGAUGAAUGCACCAUCUUCCCCUCUCUCUCUCUGCACACUGACUUCCCCAGGCCUGUGUACGUCCCCUCUAAUAAACUCCU